AUGGACAAAGCUAAAUGCACUGACGACUCUCAUGCUACUCGAGAUAGUCCUACUUGUUCCGCUGAAUGCCAAGCGCAGCUUUUGACGUCUCUGGCAUCUAGUGACGAGGCGCUUAAGACAGCGUGUCUGACGCUCUCAGAUAGACACAGAUGUGGUCGAGAUGACUUUUAUAUUCCUUAUUAUUGUGGCUCACAAUUAUGCACAAUUAAUGGCAAAAGAGAUGCUGAUCAACAAUGUGCGGGAAUGCACACUUACCGAUUUAACUCUUGUGUUAGCAAUCAUAAUAGUGGGUUGAUCAACUUGGCACUACUUGAUCAAGAUCGCGAUAUCUUAGGCGCUCUCCUGGAUGAACAUGAACCCAUUCAUCGACAACAGAGGUUUUCAACUACACCAGCCGUGGCUUUCCCAGCUGCAACUGCGUCAGGAUUCCCCGAAGAAGGGUUCCAUACUAUCACAAUUAAGACAAGCUUUUCUUCUAUUCCCUCCAUAGUACACGAUUUAACCGCGUCAGGCCUCUCUGCUACUCAUCUGGCUAUCUCAGUAGAGAGCUCAAAGUACCAACAUCAUCAGAGGUCCACAGUCGCAAACCAAGUGUCCUCCACCACGAAAGUCACCAUUGGUGUAUCCGUCAUGGUCGGAGUUCUCGUCAUUAUUGGCUUCAUAGGGUGGCACCUGAGGAUGAAGAUACGCUUUCGCAACAAAAAACGAAUAAGUCGUCCCAUUAAGCCCAUCAGCCCUCCCGCUACGCCGCUCAUAUCGCCAUCGAGCUCACAUGCCGCACCACCAAAGGCCCCAUUGACGCCGCCUGCACGACUACAAGAGCGCCGUUUCUUGCUUCCAAGGGCAUUGAGUCUUCGUCGUAACAAUCAGCGUCGUCGAUCUGAUGGUCCAUCUUCACAGGAUAAGGUCGGGAUGCCAUUGGCGCCGCUUUCGCCUCUGUCAACCUCCAACGCGAGACGAAGCCCUGAAGAAGGCGAGCACCAGGGUAUAACGUCAACGACAUCGAUUUCAAUGACAAAGUCUCCGGCCAGGCCGCCUAGGGACGACAAUCCAUCAGAAACUAGCAUUUCCAGCGUCUUCAGUCAUGUUGGCACUGUUAGAGCUGCAUCGAAUGUAUCCAUUGGCUCGGCGCAAAAUAAGUACAGCAGUGCCACGGUUACCGAACUCCCAAGGCCGCCACUGCGUGUAUAUGAGGCACCGCCGGCGGUUGGUCGCUUGACAAGCCCUGGGCCGCCUCCCACUCGGGCGCUACCGAGUCUUCCUUUGGAUGGUCGGACAAGUCCCUUGAAGUCGCCUCUAUCACCUACUAGUCCGACGCGAAGAGGUUCGCCGAGCAUCGCAUCUAUAUCGGGAUCGUCUGUUAGUGUAAGUGAAGGUAACGGAGAUUCUCAAAGGGUGUGGGAAGGAAAUAGUCACAGUGACUUGAGGGGAUCGGUAGAGGUGGCUUUGCAGUCACCGAGGAGGGUGAGGCAUGUGAGGAGCCCGUUAUUGAAUGAAGUUCGUUUAGACAAGGUGUUGUGAAUUUUACUUGGAUGAAGGGGCGGAUUGGAAAAGAAGAAAGGAGGAUACGAUGAUAUAUC